CCAUACGUCAGUCGUCGCUCAUUUAAAAGCUAUGGCAUGUCCUGGACAAACACUCUAAUGACAAAACUUGUGAAAGAAACCCGCGUUGAAGUUCACUCACACAAGAACACUAAGUCAUCUUUAAUAGAACGGUGAACGUCACACAAAACCAGCGUCUGCUGUAACAGUCGUCCGCCAUUUUGAAACAAUGGCUAUGGGUGCCUCAUCGUCAGCUAUUGUUGUCACCGCUGUGGUGGCAGCAUUGGCUAUGGGUGCUGGACUUAUUAUAGGAUACCUUCUCCGUCCCCAGGUGUCGAAUAGGCAGAGCUUUGACUUUAACACAGUGAGAAAUAGGACACUUGGUAGAUUGCUCCAGACCUGUGGAGAUGCGGCGAGGGAUGAGCCAGAGAUUCAGAGGUACUUGCUUUCUCACGAGAUCGAGGCGUGCAAGGCAUACACCUGCAGUGUGCCCCUCCCCAAGACAUAUCAGGUGUACCAUCUGCUCGGGGCUAAGAUCGAGGUUGACGGCCGUCUGGACGAGAAGGCAUGGCAGGAGGUUGCCUGGAGUCAAACAUUUAUUGAUAUCAAGGGAAGCGACUACCCGGCGCCGAGGUUCCAGACUAAUGUCAAGGUACGGUGGGAUGACGAGAACCUGUACGUAGCUGCCUAUCUCGAGGAAACCGACGUCUGGGCCAACAGGUCCCUGCAUGAUACCACAGUUUACCAGGACAAUGCAUUUCAGGUGAUGCUAGACACUGAACAGAGCAACCAUAAAUACAAAGAAAUAACAAUGAACGCAUUGGGAACAGUAUCCGAUAUCAUGCUGACGAGGCCAUAUAUGGAUGACGGAGAGCCCCUCAGUUUCUGGGAGAGUGACGUCAUAAGAGGGGUCCACAUAGACGGACCAAUCAAUGACCCCAACGUAAAAAAUAAAUUCUGGACGCUGGAAAUGUCUAUUCCAUUUAAAACGCUUUUCGCUGGAAUCAAGAGAAACUCGGAUGUACCAAAUGAUAGAGAAACAUGGAGGGCGAACUUCGUCAGAUCCGAGUGGAUGACAGAAGUUGUUGGAGGAAAAUAUCACAAGAGACUAGAUAUGGAGGCCGACUGGUGGGUGUGGAGUUCACCCGGGGUGUCCAACAUUCAUCUACCCGACAAAUGGGGUCUCCUCCAGUUCAGGAAGCUGCCUGUCAACUCCACACAGUUCGUCACAUCUACUGACUGGGUCACACGGAACGCACUGCUGGAGGUCUACCGAGCUGAGAAGGCAUACAGGGCUACUACAGGAAGAUACACCGAUAAACUGGAGCUGUUAAAACUACCACCAUAUGUGUUGUCCAAGAGGUGUGUCCGUGAUAUGGAGGUUAAAUUAGACUGGGGAGGCUUCAGGGCAACAGCGUUUCCUGUUGACGAGAAGAUGAAGGAAGGCCACACGCGGACGGACAGAUACGUAUGGUUCGGCGAGAACAAUGAGGAAUUAUACUGAGACACGACCACAAGGACACUCGGACACUUGGAAUCUCGGACAUAGUGGUGAUACUCAAAAGAUGAACAGAUUUGUGGUGGAGUAUUGGAAUUAACAAUUCCUUGGUGCCAAACACUUGGUAGGUUCAGAUGCCGCAACGUGCUGAGAGACACACGCUGAUGCCCUUUCCACGACAACUACCCACAACGGAUGUGAUCACAACGUGGGACACUUGUUGAAGUUAUGUCCACUGCAUUACCGUUGUGAUUUGGCAGAACCGUUAUACUGUACCAAAUAUAUGAAACGCCAGGUCAUGUUUUAAAUGGCAGAAAACAUCUGUAUGUAGAUAGAUUUGAUUAUUAACACGUAUGUAUACAGACAACUGUCUUGUGAUUAUUGGGAAUGAUAAUAUGUAACUCUCGACCUUUUUACAGGACAGACGCACGAUAUAUCUUGAAGGUUUUGUAUAUAUUUUAGAUAAUUGAUUUGUAAAAAAAUACUUAAAACAGCCUGUGGACGUAUAUUAUAUCGCACUCUGCUGACAGGUCACACUGUAUAUAGAAUAGAACGAUCUUACAUGGGACUGAUACAUCAUGAACGCAUUGUCAGAGAAUAAACACAGUUCUUGUGUUCCAAUUCAUCGCGACAAGGAAACACGUGCUGUGUUUGACAUGGAACCCACACGAAAGCAUUUGAGUUUAAUCAGGCUGAAUAAAGAUCUUUUUGCAUAUA